AUGUUGCAGCAGCUGCUCCAAGGACAACAACUCCAAGGGAAAGCUCUGAACCAGGUUACUACCGAGAUCAAUACCAGAAUGAACCAUAUGUUCGGAGAUUUGAGCACCAAGUACGAUAAUGUCGCGAGCCAUAUGAGACAGAUGGACAUUCAGAUAGCUCAGACUGCUGAGAGCGUCAAGAGGCAGCAAGGUACUCUACCUGGUAAAACAGAUAAAAAUCCUAAGGAGUGCAAUGCAGUUCAACUGAGGAGCGGAAAACAACUUUCUGAGCCAGAGAAGAGGAGGUUCACCACGGCUGAGAAAGGGAAGCAGAAAGAGUCAGAACAACUACCAGCCGAUACCCCGUCAGUUGAGAGGAAUACAGAACCAGCAGUUGGAAUAAGUUCACCAGGGCCAGAACAACCAGCUGAAGCUGUUCGCCCGAUCCCAGAGGUUGUUCCUCCUCGCGAAUACAUUCCUAAAGUCCCUUACCCUGUUCCAGCAAAGGCCACUCGUAUGGACAGAGAGGAGAUGAAGUGCAGGAAGAUGCUGGAGGACCUAACCGUCCGACUCCCCUUGAUUGAUGCGAUCCAGAUGAUGCCCUCCAUGCGCAGCUUUAUGAAGGGAUUGAUCUCAGGAAAAAUAUCAGAGGAGAGCGAAUUCAUGACAGUUUCCAAGGAGUGCAGCGCAGUGCUUCAGAACAGGCAGAUAAAGAAGCGAGGAGACCCCGACAAGUUCGUCCUCUCUAUCCAGAUUGGGAAGACAGUUUUUGCAUGCUCCUUGGUUGAUCUUGGAUCCAGCGUGAACCUCAUGCCUUACUAUGUAGCACGACGUCUAGGAUACACACAUUUCAAACCAACUAAGAUGUCCUUAGUGUUCGUGGAUAGAUUAGUCAAAUCCCCAGUUGGUAUACUAGAGGAUCUCCAAGUAAAAGUCGGAAACACCUCUGUUCUUGCAGACUUCGUUGUUCUGGAGCUGGAAGAAGAGUCUAAGGAUCCUCUCAUCUUGGGAAGACCAUUCCUAUGUACUGUUGGAGCCAUCAUUGAUGUGCGACAAGGGAAGAUUGAUCUGAAUCUUGGGGACAUAGUCAUUCAAUUCGAGAUGGAUGAGCUACUAAAAGAGCCGAUGUUAGAAGGGUAG